AUGUGACUUCUCCUGAUGUGAUGUGUCCAGACGAUAUAACUGUUGAUACUGACGAAGGUGUUAAUACUGCCCUAGUGUCAUGGACCUCUGCCAUCGCUACUGAUAACUGUUGUGAAGAUGAAAUUAUGGAGUCUUACAAUGUCACAAAUGGCACCGAAUUUAGCAUUGGGGUUACUAAUGUUCUUUUUACAGCAGUAGAUUGCUAUGGAAAUCAGAAUGAAUGUGUUUUUAUUAUUGAUGUUGAAGACAAUGAAGCACCGAUGCUUGAAUGUCCACCAAACCAAAAUGUAACCGGUGAUUCCGACUGUAUAGCAACUGCAACGUGGGCCGCACCGAAUGUCACAGACAACUCAGGAGAUAUUUUUUCUCCAAUUUGUGAUUACAUGAGUGGAGCAACAUUCUCUGAAUAUAACACUACUGUCACUUGUAAUGCUACUGACGAUUAUGACAACACUGGGUACUGUACAUUCAACAUUUUCAUCAUAG